AUGACUACAACAACAACCAUUGUAACAUUUCAUUCUGUAUUCAGAUCUAUAUACAUUAGACAAUUGAUAUUCAAUCAUAUUAGUAAUAUAUCAAAUCAACUAUACCAAUCAUAUUUAUUAGGAGGAGGAGGUAGAAGUUAUAGUGAUAAUGGUACUAAUAUUAGACGGCAAUCAUUGUCAUUAAAAGGAAGAGAUAUCAUCAAAUUACCUCUUCUUGAAAUGAUAUCAAUCUAUGCAAUGCCAUGGAACUUUAUAAGUCAUUAUCUACCUCUUGAAGUUGAUAAAGAUGAUGACGAUGAUGAUAAUGAUAAUCAAAUUCUCACAGUCAGUAGAAGAGAGCGAGUGAUUAAUCGAUACUGUCUACACCCAAAUGCAACAUUGGAUACACUAUUGCGUCUAUUGGAGUGGUCACCCAUCAUGGAUGACUUUGAUUGGGAUUACUUGCGAUUAAAAAGUGGCAGUGCUGUAACAAAUCAAGAGGUGUUGGAGUAUCUAAUCAAGCGAUGUCCCAAAGAUGAUCAAUUUCUCGUUGAAGCAAUGUCUGUGGCGUCAAAUCAUGGUUAUCUCUCAACUGUCAAAUUAAUAGACUCUAUCGAUGGCGCAAGAGCCAAUUCAAUAGCAAUGGACGUUGCUUGUAGUAAUGGAUUCAUUGAAAUAUUAAAAUAUUUACAUUACAAUAGAACUGAAGGUUGUAGUAUUCAAGCAAUGGAACAAUCAGCAACACAUGGUCAUUUAGAUGUUGUAAAGUUUCUUCAUUUUAAUAGAACUGAAGGAUGUAGAACAGUUGCAAUGAACGAAGCAACAAAAAAUGGACAUUUAGAAGUUGUCAAGUUUCUUCAUUUUAAUAGAACUGAAGGAUGUACAAGGAAAACUAUGGAUCAUGCAGCUAGAAAUGGACAUUUAGAGAUUGUUAAAUUCUUACAUGAACAUAGACAAGAAGGAUGUACAAAAGAUGCGAUGGACUAUAGUAGCUGUAAUGGAUUUAUAGAUAUUGUAAAGUUUCUUCAUUUAAAUCGUACAGAAGGUGCAACAACCAAUGCUAUGAAUUGGGCAGCUCAAAACGGACAUUUGGAUAUUGUACGGUACCUUGAUGAGCAUCGCAGUGAAGGUGCAACCGACAUGGCAUUGGACGAGGCAUCUAAAAAUAAUCACAUGGAUAUAGUCAAAUACCUUCAUCAACAUCGUAGUGAGGGUGCAACGACCGAUGCUAUGGAUUGGGCUGCUGAAAACGGACACAUUGAAAUUGUGCAGUUCCUUCAUGAACGUCGUACAGAAGGUGCAACUACACAGGCAAUGAACAAGGCAGCUGAAAAUGGAUUCAUUGAUAUUGUAAAGUUCCUUCAUGAGCGUCGUACUGAAGGUGCAACUACCGAUGCUAUGAACAAGGCAUCUGAAAACAAUCAUGUUGAAAUUGUUAAAUUUUUACACUUUAAUAGAAGUGAAGGGUGUACUAAAAGAGCUGUAGAGUUGGCUUGCCGUAGAGGGUACUUGGAAAUGGCGUCAUUUCUAAUCAAUGUAAGAAAAGAGAAAUGCGAUAUUGCCCUACUGCGAACUGUAUCAAAUGAUGGACGCUAUGAUAUUGUCAAGUUGAUUCUCUCUCAAUUUGGUGAUGAUGGUAGGUUAUCAAUAGAUUCACUUGAAAGAUUGAUCAACCAAUUGACAAACAAAGGACAUUUUGAAACCAGACAACUCCUCAAGGUUCAUUUAAAACAGCUUCAAGAAAAGAAUAAACCCAAGUUACCAAUCCAAUAA